GCCUGUUGCCUCUUUAACCCUGGUCCGUCCUCUAACCCUCUUGCAUACUCCCCCUCUUUCUCUCGCCGGCUGUAUAAUCUUCCUGUCAACUGCUCUAUCUUUAUCUGUCCCUCUGGUAUUCUCGUAGGACAGGAGUCAACAGAGCUCCCACAAUCAACCAUGGCGUCCGCGAGAGAAUCAGAUCCUACGUUAGGAUAUCUGACGCGCAAAGAAACCGAGGUUAAGCUCCCCCGACCAACGAGAGUCAAGAACAAGACCCCCGCGCCGAUUCAGAUCACCGCUGAACAAAUUCUCAGGGAAGCCCGUGAACGUCAAGAAGCUGAGAUUAGACCUCCCAAACAAAAGAUCACUGACCCGACAGAACUUGCUGACUAUCGUCUUCGAAAGCGAAAGGAGUUUGAAGACCUAAUACGCAGAACCAGAUGGAAUGUCAGCGUGUGGAUAAAAUACGCCCAAUGGGAGGAAUCGCAGAAGGAUUUUGCUCGAGCUCGGUCGGUUUGGGAACGGGCUCUCGAAGUGGAUUACAGAAAUCAUACGUUAUGGCUCAAGUACGCCGAAGUGGAGAUGAAGAACAAGUUCAUAAACCAUGCGAGGAAUGUAUGGGAUCGAGCAGUCACCCUUCUCCCUCGUGUGGAUCAGCUCUGGUACAAAUACAUUCACAUGGAGGAGAUGCUUGGAAAUGUUGCAGGUGCACGCCAAAUAUUUGAGCGUUGGAUGAGUUGGAUGCCGGACCAACAAGGUUGGCUUUCAUAUAUCAAAUUCGAGCUUAGAUACAAUGAAGUCGAGCGAGCAAGGGCGAUUUUUGAGAGGUUUGUAGAGUGCCACCCAAAGGUCGGAGCAUGGAUUCGAUACGCCAAAUUCGAGAUGAAGAACGGAGAGGUCGCUAGGGCCAGAAACUGUUAUGAGAGGGCUGUUGAGAAAUUGGCGGACGACGAAGAGGCUGAAAACUUAUUUGUUGCGUUUGCGGAAUUUGAAGAACGUUGUAAGGAGACGGAGCGCGCACGAUGUAUUUAUAAGUUUGCCCUGGACCAUAUACCAAAGGGUCGAGCCGAAGACUUGUAUAGGAAGUUUGUCGCGUUUGAGAAGCAGUACGGGGAUAGGGAGGGGAUAGAAGAUGCAGUUGUGGGGAAGAGGAGGUUUCAGUAUGAGGAAGAGGUGAGAAAGAAUCCUCUAAAUUAUGAUCACUGGUUUGAUUAUAUCAGACUAGAAGAGAGCGUCGGUAACAAGGAGAGAAUUAGAGAAGUUUAUGAACGAGCAAUUGCUAAUGUUCCUCCUGCUGCAGAAAAGCGCUAUUGGCAACGAUAUAUCUACCUAUGGAUUAACUAUGCUUUAUAUGAGGAGCUUGAUGCAGAAGACAUGGAGCGAACAAGAGAAGUGUACAGGUGUUUCUCCGUUUUCCCAUUUGCAGAAGGCAUCCAUCUCCUUUUCAAGAUGGAAUGCCUUAAGUUGAUCCCACAUGAGAAGUUCUCAUUUGCAAAGAUUUGGUUAUUGGCUGCUCAAUUUGAAAUACGGCAGAAGAAUCUUAAGGCUGCACGGCUAAUCCUAGGCAACGCUAUUGGGAAGGCUCCCAAAGAUAAGAUAUUUAAGAAGUAUAUUGAAAUAGAGUUGCAACUUGGUAAUAUUGAUCGUUGUCGAAAACUCUAUGAGAAGUAUUUGGAUUGGGCACCAGAAAACUGCUAUGCGUGGAGCAAAUAUGCAGAGUUGGAGAGGUCUUUGAGUGAGACUGAACGGGCUAGAGCUAUUUUUGAACUUGCAAUAGAUCAACCUGCCUUGGAUAUGCCAGAACUAUUGUGGAAGGCUUAUAUAGACUUUGAGAUAUCAGAGGGAGAAUAUGAAAGAACCAGGCAGCUUUAUGAGAGAUUACUAGAUCGCACCAAGCACUUGAAGGUGUGGAUAAGCUAUGCAAAAUUUGAGGCAUCUGCUAUGCAAGAAGAAGACAAGGAUUCAAAUAUGCAGGAAGAGAAUGAUGAAGAAUUAGUUAAUGAAAGAAAACAGUGUCUCCUACGUGCUAGAAGAGUUUUCGAGAAAGCUGUUAACUACUUUAGAACAUCUGCACCUGAACUGAAAGAGGAAAGAGCUAUGCUUUUGGAAGAGUGGCUGAAUAUGGAGAGUAGCUUUGGCAAUCUUGGAGACAUCAGUUUAGUCCAAAGUAAGCUACCAAAGAAGUUGAAGAAGAGGAGACCAAUUGUAUCCGAGGAUGGUCCAGCUGGGUACGAAGAAUACUAUGAUUAUCAUUUCCCGGAGGAGACUCAGACUACGAAUCUCAAAAUCCUGGAAGCAGCCUACAAGUGGAAGAGGCAAAAAGUUGGUUCUGAUGAGGACUGAUUAUAACUCCCUAUUGUUGUCAUCACAAAUCUGAAUGGUUCUUCAAUGCAUUUGUGGGCCAUCAGAAACCAUCUUAACCAAAAACGAUUUGUAAAACUUCUUGUGAUUAACGAAAAAUUUUUCCUUCCCCAUCUCAAGUGGGAUUGAAUCGUCUGGUUACCUUCCUGGUUGGCAGCCCUCUAGAGCCGAGACACCACUUGUCCCUUUCUUUGUACAUAACACUGUGCAUGGGAGCAUGGAAAUAUAGAUUUGAAUUCAA